AUAACGGGGUGCAUCCCAAACCCUCUCUGGACUUCAGCAGAGUCUGGGGACUCGGUUCUCUGAAAUUAGAACGGAGUGAGCGCUCUUCAUGUUCUGCUCGUGCCGGACCUGUAACGAUCUCAUUUCUAUGCACACGUCGCUCUCAUUCAACUCAAUGAAACAGAAACCGCCCAUCUGGCAGUUGCCAUGACAACGGAGAAACGAUCCCUGCACAUUCCCUGUUGUCUCGCACGCGGUUCCAAGGAAACUGCAACACAAAUCCAGGAAAACAUCCGGAACGGACUUUCUGGUCUCGCCCGAACGUGGAAUAACUGCAGCACUUGUUUACUCAUCAGGAUUACUGGACAAUAUAUUUGCAAAAAAAACCAACAGCAAACAAACACGAUGACGUCCUCCCUGCCUAUCCUAAAUGACAGCAAGCCCCGACUGAGACUGACGGUGGAAAAAAGAAGAAACAUUUUUGUAACACAACUGAACGACACCAGACACAGAAAGGAGGAAAAUGUCAACUACCUACCUGUUGUGACAGAGACUUCCAGCAGAAUCCUUGAGGCAGGAGUGAACACUUUGCAAAAGACCUUGGUUCUGAAGAAACAGGGUGAGUUGGACAAAGUGAACCAGCAACUCGCACUCAAACGACAGGAGUUUAAGACCCGCGUGGAGGCUCUAGCUCAGAGAAGGUCUGAACUGGAACUAAAACAACAGCAGACUAAAGAGAGGGUGAUGAAGUUUGAGAAGUUUGUGGCUGAAAAUGAAGUGAAGCGACGCCGAGCGCUGAAGAAUUAUGAGGCUGCACUUGAGCUGAACAUUUCUAAACAGAGAGCGAUAGAAGAUCUGACAGAUCACCUGAAACAACUUAGAGCAAGAAAGCUAGUUUUAAAGGAGAGAAUGUCAAAAUACAAAAUCUAUGAGGACUACUUGAUGAAAACAAUAGAUCAUUUCCCCAGCACUUACCUUGAUCAUGGGGCUGAAUCUUUGGUGACGCCCAUCAUUCGGCGCCACGAGAUCCUGUCCAUCAGCCACCGGCAGCUGCUGCAGCGUUUGGGGCGUCUGGAGGAGGAGGUGGAGCAGGGCCAGCAACAACUGCUGAUCAUGAAGCAGCAGCACAGUAUUAAAACAAUGAUGGCCAAUAAGGAGCUGUCUGAACUCCAGAGUGAGUUAGAAACCCUCAAAGAGAAAAACAAGCAGGCAGAGGUUGACCUGCUGAUGAAACAAGGCCUGAACAGACAGAAGGUUGAAGAAGUGGGCCGUUUGAUUAUGGCAAUCAACAAUCUUGCAGAGCAGUGUUAUCUAUCAACAUAUGGACCACUGGAAAACAUGAACAUACUGACAAUGAUGGACAUGGUGAAGGAGUACAUCCUGGACAAGGCGGACACGGAGAGGAGAGCGAGGAGACUGAUGGAGUCUUCUGCCAUGACGAGUAGGACAGCUCCGACCGACAAAAGAGAGAGGGGGUCAAUGAAAAGCAUCGGCACUAAAACACAAAUUAAAAGUUCAAGUAAAGUCAGUAGAAAGAGUGAGACAAUGAGUUGAUGGGGCACGUUAACAACUUCACAUGGUGUCACUGCUUACAAUCUAAGUUUGCUGAGUGUGAACAUUCAUUUUGAAGCAGUAGUUUGACAAGAACAAGUAGAACAUGACAAGUAUGACAACCACGUCCGCUGAUGAGGAAUGGAGAUGCAGGGAAAUUAAAACUCUGGGAAAGGCAUAUAAGCAAACCUUGUGUUAAGAUAAUUUUGUCAUCAUCUAAAAGUGGUUUGAUUUUUGGGGUUUGUGUAACAGAGUUUCAGUGUUCAAAACUCUUAGUGAAAAAUGCUAUGCACCACGUUUUGCAUUUAACAUUUCAUAAAGAUUUUGAAAAUGUCUUUGGAACGUAAUCAUUGUUGCAUUUUAAAAUAAAAAUGUUUACAAUCAAAUGAUGCUGUCAGACAAGAAGUAACAAUUAGUAAGCAUCAAAACGGCCUAUGCAAUGGUACGUAUGCAAUUUCUAUCACAUUUAGAUUAUACAAACGACAGAGAAAAGAUCUGUAAUUUAAUGAGUAUUUGAAAUGAUGUAGAAUAAAUUAUUCUUUGUGAUAUUCUGUAUUUUCUAUUAUUAAAUCCUGUUCUUUUACUAAAUAAUAUAGUUCAGCAGAGAUAAUCUGACUUUCCUGUUAUAAAUCCGACACAUCGCGCAGGAACAAAUGCUGCAAUCAUUUACAUUUUCUGUUCCACAUAGUUUGUGUUUUUGCUCAACACGCCAAACAUUUGCAGCAAAGCAAAUUCCUGAAUCUGGCCUGCUCCAUGCUGUCAGACACUGCCUGCCCUGCAGGUUUUCAUAAAGCCCUUUAGUGCAGACAGUGGUCACCAAUUAGGUUGCAAUGCUACUCCUCCGGGUAAUGCGGUUAAAGUAGCAAAACAUGUUCAGUAAUAAUCUGGGUUGUUAGGCUGUGAGUACGUUUAGUAGCCUAUUGUAGAUAAGGAUCAUUUUAAAAUACCGUACUUGUACUUUACUUGAGUAUUUCCAUUUUUAUGCUACUACUUCACUUCAUUUCAGAGGUAAAUAUUAAACUUUUUACUCCACUACCAUGUUGUGACAGCCAUAAUUAGGCUACUUGUUACGUCAGAGAUUCAAAACG